AUGGAAUCAAAACACCCCGAAGUGAGGGGGAAAACUCGCGCGGAAGCAGUGUUUGAGGAAACUGUGUUGGAUGAAAGGGAGGAAAAAGAACAUCCACAUCCAAGGGACGAAAACAGCGCAAAUGUUGUGGGGGGGCAAACCUAUAAGUCGACUAAUUUGAGUGAUGUUUCCUUAACGUUGGAUGUAACGGCACUCGGAGCGGGGCCGUCAGCGCGAGAUGAGGCAACGCCCCCCGAGCCCCACUCGGAGGGUUCAGAGGCGCACUCCUCGGCGGCUGCUCCCGCAUCAGAACCUUAUGUGCACUCUAUCAGUGAGCAGAAACCGGUGAAAGAGAAGGUAUAUCUGAAUGGCAAUGAUUCCCUCCUCUCUGUUGAUGUUGGGCGAAACAGCAUUCCCCGUUCUUCCUCGCAGCAUUCGGAAUGCGUCUCCGCAGAAAAGGAAAAAGUUAAUGUGGCAGAGGAAACGGAACAGCACGAGCCAGUUAAUGGCAGCAGAGAUAAUUGUGCGGAGGAGAGGCGAGAGGAAGUAAGGGCGAUAUAUGCCAAACUCCCCCUGUAUCGAUUUCCAUGUGAUUCAAACCAGUCACAGGAGUUGUCCCAAACGUUUGUACCAUCACCAGCGGAAGCAACUACCUCCGCAGGAUGUUGGGAAAUGGGAGCAUGUGCUACAACUGCGAGGCCCGCAGUAGCGGCGGGCAAACAACAGUGUGCGUAUGUGAAGGGGCAACAGCUUCGAGCCACCAGUGAUAGCGGACUUCCUCACUCUCAAAGCUCGGAUGGAACCACCAGUGUCUGUACUCGCGCCCCUUCCGACCGUGCUACACUUCCUCAAUGUCUUCACAAUGCCUUAGUAAUUUGUUGGAAUACGGAGAGCCGUUGGCUUGUUGUAACAUUCUGCACGUUCUUGGCUUUUCUGUUGACUCUUGUCGCUCACCCACUUUCGUUAAUGGAUGUUGUAGGUGGCGGCUGCUACACUUUUUGGGGCUACAAAAAUGACUGUGAUAAGAGUACAUACACUUACCGCACAGGUCUUCUUAAGUGUGUUGGCUUAAGGCGGGUGCUCAGUGCUGGGGUUGUAUUCAACAUAUUAGCUAUAAUUUUGCUCGCGGCGGCGUUGGGGUGCUGCAUUUUGUUCUUGAAGAGAGAUGUGUUCCACAAGUGGAAUCUCGUGGUGUUUGUUUUGUUAUGCUUAACGGCUUUAGUGCAAUUAGUUUCAUGGAUGUUGGUUGUUACCAUGUUUUUACUUCGCUUCUGCGAGGACACAAAACAACCAAGAAGAACAGCUUAUGGUGUUGCGUUUGGUAUGAACGUCACCUCCUGGAUACUCGUCUUCGUUAGUUUAGUUGUCAUGAAGGUAUUUCCAAAGGGUUGA